GCAAGUGGGGCGGGGAGAGGUGGCGGCUGGAGCGGCGAGUGGCUGCGCCCUCAGCGGACUGGGGCGAAAAGCGGGCGCGAUGCUGCUUCACCUGGCGGCCGAGUUUGACUUGCAGAGGGAUGUGGUCCCCUGGCUGGCGGCGCGGGGCUGGGCCCCGGCUUUAGACUCUUCUGAGAAUUCAUCGUCAGUCUACGUUGUAAAUGUUGAAAGAAAUGGAAAAAUUAUUUAUACCUGGAAGGGAAAUCAGAGAAGUACUCACAUUGGAUUGUACGAUCUUCAAACUAAACAAAAUGAGCAUCUCUAUGUGUUUGAGAGGGAUCUACAAAUAAUCAGUUGUUCAAUCAACAAUGAAAGGACCUUAUUGGCGGUCAGUUUCCGCCAAUAUACAGAGGAAGAAAGAGUAAGUCGGCUAUUACAGUCAGUACCCAAGUAUUUAACCUUGCUAAUUGAAAUUCAUCCCAUAAAUAAUGUGAGAGUCCUAAAGGCUGUGGAUAGCUGUGUUCGAGUACAGUUUCUUUAUCCAGUUGAAGGCAGAAAUACUUCUACAGAAAGUCGCCUCUUGCUAGUUUCAGAAGAUAAAUAUGUUGAACAAUUUGAUGUUCAUGUUGUUGCAGAAGAAGAACACAAAGUGGUGAUUCAAAACUCAGGUCAGCUUCCAAGAGUCAGAGUUGCAGAUGAUCUCAUUUGGGCACAAUGGGAUAUGAUGGAACAAAGGCUUUUCUACAUUGUUCCAAAGGAACCAAGGAGUACUUUAAAAUGUGUCCAGUUUUAUCCUGAUGAAAAUUUUAACUCAACACUGGAGUCACACCUGGAUAUUUCAGUAGAUGACACACAUGUAAAACUUGUCAAUUUUGGAUAUGAUUGCUGUCAAGAUCAAGAUAUUGCAUCUAAAUCUUUGAAUCUUCAGGUUUUUACAAGUAAAGCAGGAGGCUUGUGUGUGUGUUGUAGUCUAGCCUCUGAUAUUCCUGAUGAAAUAACAUACUCCAUACAUUUUUUACAUAAAGGUUACAACAAAACGUUUACAGUUUCUCUAGAAAGAACAGAAUCUCAUCAAUUGAAGGAAGUGGCUUUUAUGAAUCUUGACAAUUAUGUGGCUGCUUAUUUGCCUGGCCAGUUCCUGCACCUCCUGAAUAUUCAGCAUCCUGACCUGCUAUGCCAUAGUUUGUUUCUAACAGGUGAGAAUGCAAGAAUUGAUAGGUUGCAAAACUGCUACAUCCGAUCCCCACUCAUGUCAACAGUCUUGGAUUGCCACCAAGGAAACAUGUAUGCAGUGAGCAUCAGUGGCAGUGCCUUACUACAGCUCCUGCAGAACAGCAAACAAGACAGUGAGAGAUUAGCAGCUCUGCACUGUGCUCUGUUGUACUUUGAACAUACAGACAACUUGGAAAUGCAGAUUAUAUGGUGGAUUUUUGAGAACCUGUCAACAUGUCAUUCUUUUGAUCCCAUUCAAGAAUUUAUUAUUGCCUCCCUGUACUGCAGAAUGUGUCCAGAAACUCAUGACCUUCAUAAACUUCUGCCCUACACAUCACUGCUUGAUUGGAUUGGGAUUAUUCCUGGGGUCACGUGUACAACAGACAUUAUUUCUAUACCUAUGUUGGAGUUCCAAAACUCAAAAGGCUUCUGGGAGAGAUUCAACUCAAACCUGGAGAGUGUGAAGUAUGCAGAGCCACACUUGCAUUACCACAAUAAUGUACUCAGGAGGGAAUGGCAAAACCUUUCAGAAGAGAGAGAGGAGAGAAGAACUACAGCAUAUUUGAGAAAUAUUUUUGAAAAUGCGAAAAAGGUGCUUUCUCAUCUGGACAGUUGGAACUCUGAGGAAAGGCUAGCACCUCUCUUUCAAGAGGAGGAUUACCAGCAGCAAUUACUAAUGGGACUGAUGGUUUCUCAGCUAAAGGAUCACCUUAUGAGACAUCUACAGUAUGUAGGAAAAAAGAAGAUUGAUCAAAUAGUUUUGGAUUAUGUUGCAAACCUGCUCAGUCUGGUACAUCGAAUAAUGAAAGAAGUUUGGAGGAGAUACCAGCUUCAUUCCUGCAUCUUCUGCUUUGAUGAGAGAGGAAGUACAGGAGAGUUUGCAGUGUUCCACAUCAUGAGUCGGAUUCUUGAAGCUGCAAAUAGCAUGUGCAUGCCUUUACCUCCUGGUUUUCACACUCUGCACUUGGGGCUUGGUGUUCGAUGUCUCCCUCUUCACACCCUCCUGCACUAUAUUGAUAAUGGAGUCUUGCAUUUGACAGAAACAUGUGUCUGGAAAGUGCUGAAAGAUCUGGACAACACUGAGAAGAAUGAAAAGCUGAAGUUCAGUAUUGUCAUGAGGCUUCCUGAGGCUCUUGGUCAGAAGGUCCACCAGUUUUGGAAUCAUCCAAUAAAUGCUAAUUUAAUUGCACAGAAAUAUGUGAAACUUCUACUUGAGAAGCUGGGCUCCAGGAAGUGUGGCAGACCUGUUCCUGAGAGACUCUCAGUCCCUGUAGAGUUUUUGCCACUGAACUACUUAACUAAUGUGCUGGCAGAGAUAGAGAAUGAAGGUGUGGAUCCAUAUGAGAAACAAGAUCAUGUUAAUGUGAGAUUUGUAGAGGAAACAGCACUCAGACACACCAUGGCACUUUUGGGCAUCAAAUAUUCCUGAAUAACAUGCCGCUGGAGCACGCUAGCUGUGGUACUCUUGCAUAAAAAUCUCUCACAGAAGCAUGCAACCAACUUUUUUGUGUGCUUGUUUUAAACUUAAAUGUCAAAUUGUCUUUCAAAUGGCCUGCAGUAUUGUGUACUCACCAUUGCUGACAUAAGCUGUGCAAAGUGUAGUUUGGUGCAGUGUCCUAAGGCUGAAAUCACUGAUUUCUGGAGAAAUCCUGGAGAAAUUCUGCUGACACAAACCUAGGUUUCCCAGGAAAGAUUUCUGUGGUUUCAUUGUUUGAUGCUGAAGUGGUCAAAUAAGCGGAACUACAGUGAGUGUCAAAACAUGCUGUGAAAACUGCUAUUAGUGUCAAUUAUUUUAACAAGAUGGACAAUCCUGAAUAAGGUAUUCCAGUUGUAUUGUACAGUAACAGUAAAAUGGUAACUGUUUACUCAUUUAGAUUUAUUAAUUCUUUGUGGUACUCAUGUUAUUUUACGGUACUUUACAGUUGGAGCCUAAUAUGGUCAGUUUUGUAAUUAGUGCAAAAUAUAAUCUUCCUAAAGUCUGUGAAAUAGGGUUUUGCUUUGCUUUGGUUUUUUUUAAUUAUAAUAUAUUGCAACCAACACAGGAUAAAAAAAAUUUCUUUAAAGAUUUACCUUAAUGAUGACUUGUACAGAGUUUUUUGUAUAUUUCCUUACAACUUUUAGUGUUACAGUUCAAACCUCAGCUUUAAAAAGAAAUGAUGUUUAGUUUUCCUUCAUUUUCAACUUUUAUUUAUAUAUAACUGAACCAGUGUUUGGGUUUUUUGGGUAUUUUUAAGUUCUGAACUCUGGCAUUUAAAUAAUAAUACUAGUUUGUUAUGCAAAGAAAAAUCUGAAUUCUGACAUGAAAGAUUUCUGCAGUGUCUGUGGGAUUUAAAAGCAACUUGAUAAAGUUUUAGGUUAUUAAACUAGUGAAGCACAUUGAAAAUUUGAUAGAUUUUGGAGGUUUACAAUAAGCACCUCUGAUACUCUCUGAGCAGUUUCCACUGAUGCUUCCUGUUCCUAGCCAAUGAAAUAAGGAGAUCCAGUUCUUAGGAGCUCAGCAAGCUCAUGAUCAUUCCCUUAGCACUGCCAUCCCGUUGCAGUGGAGCAAGUGUUUUGGCUUUCUCAAUAACUGCAUAGAGAGAAGGAAUAUUUUUCUCAAUAUAAGUAAAAUUUGUCUGGCAAGUGUAAACUCGGAUCCUAGGCUGCAGCAAGCUGUGUUGGUGUAUUUGUACAAGCAGUAGGGACUUUGUGCCUAUUGUAUCAAUAAAAAGACCAGAUUUUCAAGCCUUCUCAUUUUAAUGAAAUGUAUUAUAAAACAAACUCAUAUGCAAUAAAAUUUCA